AUGGACCUGCCCGAGGCGCAGGCACACGUGAAUGCGUGGCUCCAGGAAGCCUCAACAACCUUCCAAAAGGUGCCCGGCUCGGCCGUCCUGAUCCGCUACGUCCGCUCGAGUUACCAGAACGACCCGGUGCGCUCGGCCAUCGAGCUGGUGCUGGUGAUUUUCUUUAUUCGGUACCUGCUUGCGCCGAGCUAUUCGACGUCGAAGCAGAAUUAUGUCAAAUUGACUGAGGAUGAAAUCGACGAGUUGGUGGAGGAAUGGACUCCCGAGCCAUUGGUCGCGGCGCCGACUGCUCAACAGGAAGCUGAGGCGGAGAAGCUGCCUGUGAUUGUUGGACCGACAGGCCCGAAAUCGAAACUCGCCAACGGCAAGACCGUCACCAACCUCGCCUCGUACAACUUCUACAACUUCAACGCCAACGAACAGAUCAAAGAAAAAGCCAUCCAGACCCUGCGCACCUACGGCGUCGGCCCCUGCGGCCCGCCCCAGUUCUACGGCACACAGGACGUGCACAUGAAGACGGAAGCCGACAUCGCCUCGUACCUGGGCACCGAAGGGUGCAUCGUGUACGCGCACUCCUUCUCGACCAUCUCUAGCGUGAUCCCCUCGUUCUGUAAGCGCGGCGACAUCAUCGUGGCCGACCGCGGCGUCAACUACUCGAUCCGUCGCGGCCUGGAGAUCUCGCGUAGCAGUGUUAAGUGGUACAACCAUGGGGAUAUGGCUGAGCUGGAGCAGGUCAUGCGCAAGGUGGUGCAGGAACAGGCUGGCAAGAAGCUCACUCGGCGGUUUAUUGUUACGGAGGCGCUGUUCGAAACCACGGGGGAUAUCAACAAUUUGCCUAAGCUGAUCGAACUCAAGGAAAAGUACAAGUUCCGCCUAAUGCUCGACGAGACCUGGUCCUUCGGCGUGCUAGGCCGUACCGGCCGGGGCCUGACAGAAGCACAGAACGUGGACCCCUCACAGGUAGACAUGAUCAUCGGGUCGCUAUCCGGGCCUCUGUGCGCGGGCGGCGGUUUCUGUGCGGGCGCCAAGGACGUCGUCGAGCACCAGCGGGUGUCGUCGACAGCGUACACCUUUUCGGCCGCGCUGCCGGCCAUGCUGGCAGUCACUGCUAGCGAGUGCAUCAACCUGCUGCAGAGCAACCCGGAGAUUCUGGUGCAGUGCCGCGAGAACAUCCGACUCAUGCGCGCGCAGCUUGACCCCCGCAGCGACUGGGUUGCGUGCACGAGCGCGCCGGAGAACCCGAUCAUGAUUUUGGCGUUCAAGCCGGAGGUUGUUAAUGCCCGGCGGUUGAGUGUGGAUGAUCAGGAGCGGUUGUUCCAGGAGUGUGUGGACGAGACCCUCGCCAACGGCGUGCUCAUCACGCGUCUCAAGACCAUGCCCAUCACGCAGCACGCCAUCCUCAAGACCAACCUGUACACGGUCACGCCCGCGCUUAAGGUGUGCAUUACGUCGGGCCUGUCGAAGAAGGAUAUCGAGAAGGCGGGUGUGACGAUCCGUCAUGCUAUUACUAAGGUCAUGACGCGCAAGACGAACAACAAGCUUGGGUUGCCGGCUGCGUAG